CUUUUCUUUACCUCAACACGCCGAGAACGUGGCCAUGAUCAGUCACAGCUAAGACUAUAUAUAUCCAAGCUAGGUAGGAUAAUAUAUGCAGCCGGAGUGAACUAUCCUCAAGAAGCUUUGCAACCUCCGGCGAGUAGACGAGAGACGAUGGCGAGCGCCGGCGGUGAGGUCGUCGUCGUCGACCCGGCCGCGGCCGCGGUGGCGCCUGACGUCGAGCACCACGCGCCGGCGCCGCGGCUGACUCCGGCGGGCAGCGGCGGGCGGCUGAUGGCGGAGCUGCUCGGCGUGUUCAACGGGCUGACGGAGCGGAUGGGGGACGACGUCGCCACCUCGUCGUCGUGGACCCUCCUCUUCCGCGCGCUCAAGCUGGCGCUGCCCGCGCUCCGCGACGCCGCCGGCGGACGCUCCCUCGCCCGCGCGCUCAUCGUCGCGGCGUCCCUCGCCGACCUCCAGAUGGACGCCGAGGUCAUCUCGGCGGGGAUCGUGAGGCAGGCGAUGGACGCCGGCGCGGUGGCCAUGGCCGACGCCGAGGCGCAGCUCGGGCCGGGCGCCGCCGCGCUGCUCCUCGAGAGCCUCGACGUGAAGAACGCGCCGUCGCGGGUCGACGUCGCCGACGAGGAGGCGGCGAGCGCGGUGCGCAACCGGAUCCUCUCCGGCUACGACGUCCGCGCCGUCAUCCUCGAGCUCGCCAUCAGGCUCGACGCCAUGAAGCACCUCGACGGCGUCCCCAAGCACCAGCAGCGCACCACCUCGCUGGAGGUGCUCAAGGUGUUCGCGCCGCUGGCGCACGCCGUCGGCGCCGGCGCGCUCUCCAAGGAGCUCGAGGACCUCUCCUUCUGGCGCCUCUACCCGCAGGCCUACGCCCAGGUGGACCAAUGGCUGAGCGGCCAAGAAGACGACUGCAAGCGCGUCCUCGCCACCUGCAAGGACGACCUCCUCCAGGCGCUCGCCGCCGACGACGAGCUCCGCCACACCGUCGCCGGCUUCGACGUCAAAGGCCGAUACAAGAGCCGGUUCAGCGCCAUGAAGAAGCUGGUGAAGGACGGGCGGCGGCCGGAGGACGUGCACGACAUCCUCGGCAUGCGCGUCAUCCUGGACCACCGCGCCGGCGCCGGCGACGGCCACCGCGCGUGCAUCAGGACGCACGAGGUGAUCAAGGGGAUGUGGAAGGACGUGCCGGCGAGGACCAAGGACUACAUCGCGCGGCCCAAGGGGGACGGGUACCGGAGCUUGCACAUCGCCGUCGACAUGAGCGAGCCGGGGCCGGAGGGGAAGAAGAGGCCGCUGAUGGAGGUCCAGAUCCGCACCAAGGAGAUGAACGACGCCGCCGUCUUUGGCCACGCCCUCUACAAGGGCUGCCUCGCGGAUCCUGAAGAGGCGAAAAGGCUCAAGGACAUCAUGCUGGCGGCGGCAGAGGUUGCAGCGCAGCACCUCCGCGACGAGCCAGCCACCGGCGACCAGACCGGAGUCCCUGCCGCCGCCGCAGCCGCCGCCAGCGCCGGCAACAUCGAGCGAGCAUUCCGGUUGCUGGACAAGAACGGCGACGGGAGGAUCAGCAUGGAGGAGCUGACGGAGCUCAUGGAGGACCUCGGCGCCGGCGGCAAGGACGCCGAGGAGCUCAUGCGCCUCCUCGACGACAAUAACGACGGCUCGCUCAGCUCCGACGAGUUCGCCCUCUUCCAAAAACGGGUUGAGCUGAAGGCGAAGUUGGAGGACAAGGAUGAUGAGUACAAGGAGAUCCUCAGGCAGAAGCUGCAGAAGGUCGACGACACGGGGCUCAUCCACGUCUACCGCAAGAACCUCAGCGACAAGCUCGUCUCCGGCUGAACAAACGAGCUGCAAAAUCGAUCUGGUGAUAUUUGGUUGUGGUUUCGGCGUCAAUUUGAAGAUCAUUGAUUGCAUGCAAAUCCCAAUCUGGGUUGAUGUUGAUGUUUUCGUCUUGUAUGAAUCAAUUCAUGUUAAUGGAAUCUGUAAGCCUGUAAUAAUUUAUUUGGAUGCUGAACGGUAAUAAGGUACCAAAAUGCUUUUUAAAGUAAAAUUGAAAGGCAAUUGUGUUUGAUUAAUAUUUUCACGGAAGUUUCAAUGGAAAUUAUUUCACCUCUU